GUUCUCGCUGGCAUUCCUUUUCUAUCCUUCAUCUGAGGGCCUGCGGAAUCCUCGCAGAUAUCUCGACGCUGCGAGCUUCACUACCUGACGCCUUUAAUACAUCGGGCUGUCUCUGUCGUGAUUGAUCCAUCGCAUUCAACCCCCCGAAAUUCAAGCCACCUUUAGACCCUCAUCCGUCCAAUGUGCCGCCUGUGAAUUUAAUUCCAGGAUCGCGCCUCUUUCUCGAACUCUCGUUGCUUAUAAUUCGUCAAGAAGGCCUUGAGCCUUGACCUACAGCCAAGAUGCGUUCAUCUUUGCUGGUAUGGUCGUUCCUCUCGCUUUUUUCCCUGACCACUUUUGCCGCUCCCUCCGACCCGACUAUUCAAAGCAAUCACCUUGCGAAAAGACUCGACUCUGAGAAAGCGGCCUCCAAUCCAACCAUUUUCAAUGGCAUCGAGGUACCCACAAUCACGGAGUUGACUCCUGAGAACUUUGAAGAGACGGUCAAAGAUGGUUACUGGUUCAUCAAGCAGUACUCCCCCACGUGCCCGCAUUGCCAGGCAAUCGCUCCUGCAUGGAAGACUCUCUAUGAAUUUUACUAUACUUCCGAUCCAUUAUCCUCGGCGUUGUCGAAAUCCCCUGACACCAAAUCGUUAAACUCUUUCACCGGCUUCUAUAACUUCCGCUUUGCGGAGAUGAACUGCCUUGCAUACGGAGAUUUGUGCAAGAGACUCAGCGUGCGGUAUUUCCCGACCUUCUCAUUCUAUCACAACGGAGAGCAAAUCGAGCAAUUUGAAGGGAAGAAAACCAUGGAAAGCAUCAGCGAGUAUAUUGAGGAGAAGCUUGAACUCAUUAAGCCUGGAUCUCGCCCCGCGAAAGGCGUUAGAUUGCCUGAGAUAGGCGCCGAUAGCGUUGAUACGAAAGCCGAGCCUGAAACCCCUGCUGCUAAAGACAAAGACCGCGAGGCCGGCGCUAAGGCUGGCGAGAGGCACAACGAAAAGGCUGCUCAGCUAGAUGCCCAAAACCCAUCUACUGAAAAAUCUACCUCAAAGCCGAAGCCUAAAGUGAAUGCCCCGGCCAAUCCCCAGGGAAUUUCCGUUCCUCUUACUGCGGAAAGCUUUCAGAAGCUCGUCACUGCUUCCCAAGAACCUUGGUUUAUCAAGUUUUAUGCGCCAUGGUGUCACCAUUGUCAAGCUCUUGCUCCUACCUGGGCGCAAAUGGCGAAGGAGAUGCAGCACACUCUCAACGUUGGAGAAGUGAACUGUGAUACCGAGGUUAGACUUUGCAAGGACGCGCGUGUCAACGCUUUCCCAACGAUGUACUUCUUCCGCGGCGGUGAGAGGGUUGAGUAUGAAGGUCUUCGAGGCCUUGGAGAUCUGGUUAGCUAUGCUAAAAAGGCCGUUGAUAUCGGAUCUGGCAUUCCAGACGUUGAUGCCGACUCUUUCAAGGCACUAGAAGAAAAGGAAGAAGUUAUCUUCUUGUACUUUUACGACCAUGCGACGACUUCGGAAGAUUUUGCAGCUCUGGACCGCCUAACCCUCAGCCUGGUGGGCCAUGCCAAGCUCGUAAAGACCAGCAGCGCGGCCCUAGCUGAAAGGUUCAAGAUCUCGACCUGGCCUCGUCUUCUCGUCUCUCGUGAUGGGCGUGCCAACUAUUACAACGCGCUAGCUCCGAGAGAUAUGAGGGAUGUUCGCCAAGUGUUGAACUGGAUGCGUACGGUGUGGCUGCCCAUUGUCCCUGAACUCACAGCUAUCAAUGCACGUGAGCUCAUGGAUGGAAAGUAUGUGGUUCUUGGUAUCUUGAGCCGUAGUCGUGCAAACGAAUUCGUUGAGUCGAAGCGCGAGCUGAAGAAUGCGGCACUUGAAUGGAUGGAUAAGCAAGUACAGCUGUUCCAGUUGGAGAGACAAGAGUUGCGGGAUGCUAAGCAGCUGCGCAUCGAGGAGGCCGAAGACCGCAACGACCAGCGUGCGCUACGAGCCGCCAAGAACAUGCGUGUCUCUAUCCGGGAGGAUGACAAGAAACAAGUUAGGUUCGCCUGGGUUGAUGGUGACUUCUGGGAGCGAUGGCUGCGGACCACCUACGGUAUCCACGUGGGCAAGGGGGAGCGCGUUAUCAUCAACGACCAGGACAACCGUCGUUAUUGGGACACUGCUUCCAGCGGAGCUCCUAUCAUGGCUUCACGAACCUCGAUCCUGGAAACCAUUCCUCUCGUUAUCGCCAAUCCUUCCAAGCUGACCCCAAAGUCUACAAUUGGUACCUUUGAGUCCAUUUUCUUCGUCACGCAUUCCUUCAUUUCCGGCCACCCUAUCCUCUUCGUCCUCAUCCUCGUAGCGACCGUAUUAGGUGCUACGUAUUUCGCCCGAGGAAGAGCAUUCAAGCGUGGAGUUCGUGGCGGUAUCCUCGGCAUUGCUGGCAAUGCAGGCGGUUUCUUCCACCUCGACGGGAAGGAAGGGCUCCUGAACGGAGGCACAACCGGAAAGGCAGACUAGAGGAGAACGUAAGAAUUCUUGUGCAGUUAGGCUAUCUUGGCCUAUCUACUUUUCUCAUUAUCUUUUUCGUUGACUUUGCCUGGUUUCUUUUCUGAUAAUAUUUAACAAAGACUCUUUAUCUAUUUCAUCAUGGUUCAAUAUCAGGCGCCACACUGAUUUUCUUUCUCUCUCUCUCUCUUUUUUUUUUUUUCAUUAAAAUCACCCUUACCUCCCUUUCAUUUAGAAAUGCUCCUCUGAGCCUUGAAUUUGUUUAUGAGAAAUCGGGCAGGAUGGUUUUAUAUCCUUUUGGCAGGAGCAGAUGGGUCCGGAGUGUUGGC